AUGGAGUUACUUAGCAGGGAGAUUAUUCUUACUAUUGCUGUCAUUGUUGUUUCUUCUUCGGGGAUUUGUAGAGCAGUGGACUGUGGUGGCCGGCAAAUUUCAAGCACAAUCGUAGUUGGUAGCAAGUCAUCAAAUUUCACAUCAAUUCAAGAUGCCAUUGAUUCAAUACCAAGAAAUAACUCGAAAUGGGUAAAAAUUCAGAUAAAUGGUGGCACAUAUAAAGAGAGGGUUAGCAUCCCAGUGGAUAAGGCAUGCACCUUUAUCCAAGGACAAGGGGCAGAUGUUACCACCAUUACAUCCGAUGACCACUCGGCAACAAAUACUAGUGCCACAUUCACUUCCUUUUCAAUCAAUGUUGUUGUAUCAGAAAUUACUUUUCAGGGAAGAUCAUUGGAGGAGAUGUCAGGUGAGAAUGAAGAGGAUGUUGGAACCGGGGAAAAAUCAGAACAAUCAUGGUUCUUGCUUGAUAUUGUGUUUUACAGUCAAAAUCUUUUCCAGAAGGACAUCUUCAGUGCAAUUGGUUGGAUACCUCCAGCCAAAACCAUGAAUGCUAUUGAGGAGGUGAAAUGGUACCAUUGCGUUUUUGCAACAUCAAGCGCCUUUAGUACCUGA